CUAGUUUUGCACACGUUUGCGAAUCAGAGCUGCCUGGUACACUGAGCGAACGGGGAACGUCCAGAGUGUAAUGAAUACACUGCCUCUUGUUAGGAUUUUUGAUACGACCGAAAAUAUGUAAAUUGUGAACUCUCUUAGCUCUCUUGGAUCCAGGUUGAUAGAAGUCCAGACCCCGAGGAAAUCUCCAGCUAAAUGCUCAAAAUAUAAACCACUGAGCUAAUAUUUGCGAAGAGCAGCAGAAUGGAUGGAUUUUAUGACCAGCAAGUGCCUUACGUGGUCACCAACAGUCAGCGUGGGAGAAAUUGUAACGAGAAACCAACAAAUGUCAGGAAAAGAAAAGUCAUUAACAGAGAUCUGGCUCAUGAUUCAGAAGAACUCUUUCAAGAUCUGAGUCAGUUACAAGAAACAUGGCUUGCUGAAGCUCAGGUACCUGACAAUGAUGAGCAGUCCGUGCCAGACUAUCAGGCUGAAAGUGUGGCUUUUCAUGGACUACCACUGAAAAUCAAGAAAGAACCCCACAGCCCCUGUUCAGAACUCGGGUCUGCCUGCAGUCAAGAGCAACCUUUUAAAUUCAGCUAUGGAGAAAAGUGCCUGUACAGCAUCAGUGCCUAUGAUCAGAAGCCACACGUGGGAAUGAGGCCCUCCAACCCCCCGACUCCAUCCAGUACUCCAGUGUCUCCACUACAUCAUGCAUCUCCAAAUACAGCUCAUACUCCGAAACCUGACCGGGCCUUCCCAACUCACCUCCCUCCUUCUCAGUCCAUACCAGACAGCACCUACCCCAUGGACCACAGGUUUCGUCGCCAGCUUUCUGAACCCUGCAAUUCUUUUCCUCCUCUGCCGACAUUGCCAAGGGAAGGGCGUCCUAUGUACCAACGCCAGAUGUCUGAGCCAAACAUCCCCUUCCCACCACAAGGCUUUAAGCAAGAGUACCACGACCCAGUCUAUGAACACAACACCAUGGUUGGAGGUGCAGCCAGCCAAAGCUUCCCCCCUCCUUUGAUGAUCAAACAGGAACCCAGAGAUUUUGCAUAUGAUUCAGAAGUGCCUAGCUGCCACUCCAUCUACAUGAGGCAAGAAGGCUUCCUGGCUCACCCAAGCAGAACAGAAGGCUGCAUGUUUGAAAAGGGCCCCAGGCAGUUCUACGACGACACGUGUGUUGUCCCAGAGAAGUUUGAUGGGGACAUUAAGCAAGAGCCAGGAAUGUACCGGGAAGGACCCACGUACCAGAGACGAGGGUCCCUUCAGCUUUGGCAGUUUUUGGUAGCUCUUCUGGACGACCCUUCAAAUUCUCAUUUCAUUGCCUGGACUGGACGAGGCAUGGAAUUCAAGUUGAUUGAGCCUGAAGAGGUGGCCCGGCGUUGGGGCAUUCAGAAGAACAGGCCAGCUAUGAACUAUGACAAACUUAGCCGUUCUCUCCGCUAUUACUAUGAGAAGGGAAUCAUGCAGAAGGUGGCUGGAGAGAGAUAUGUCUACAAAUUUGUGUGUGACCCGGAAGCCCUUUUCUCCAUGGCCUUUCCGGAUAACCAGCGCCCACUGCUGAAGACGGACAUGGAACGUCACAUCAACGAGGAGGACACGGUGCCUCUGUCUCACUUUGACGAAAGCAUGGCCUACAUGCCAGAAGGGGGCUGCUGCAACCCCCACCCCUACAACGAAGGCUACGUGUACUGAAAGGAGAGACAGUCAAGCAGGGCACCCCGCGCUUCGCCUGUUUUGUUUAUCAAGAUCGAGAGAAUCCCCGAAUUCUCUUCAAUCUUUGUUUUAUUUUUGUUGUUUGUAUUUUAAUUUUAAAAUAAUAAUACAGAAAGGGGCUUUUCCUGUUGCAUUAUUCUAUGGUCUGCCAUGGACUGCGCACUUUAUUUGAGGGUGGGUGGGAAUAAUUUAGACAUUCAUUCUUUGUUAAAGGGAGAUGGUGGGUGAACGGGCAGAGGUAACUGGGGAUUCCUCUUUACUUAGGCUUGGGAUGGGGUCCUACGGGUUUUCUGUAUGAUGAAGCUAUAUCAUGUUUGUUCGAUUUCAUAAUAUCGUAAGAUAAUUUUCUCGGUAUCUACGGUACAUUUGAUUUCACAUAUGUAAAUAUCUACUUGGAGACCAUUUGCCUUGGGCAUUUCCCCAUCAUUACUGAAGUCUUUGCAGGUGUACAAAAAAAUCUACUGUAAAUGGCAGUUUAAUGUUAGAAAUGACUGUUUUGCAGCUCUUGUAAAAAAGCGAAGUAUUUAGCAAUUACAUUUGCUGUUCUUUCUGUUCCAUUUUGCUUUACACAUGACUUGUGAAGGGUAAGCAUAUAUUUGGGCAAUUCUUUCUGAAUUUGAGUAAUCACCGUUACUGUAAAUGAGCGGCACAAUUUUGGACUCUGGCUCCAAUUGAGUCACAGGCCAGUAGCAUUACAUGUAUCCGGUGCCAUCUUGCUGUUUCAGUACGAAUACUGUCUUUUAAAUAUGUCAAUGCCCAUUUCAGUUAAAUAAUGACAUGUCAUGAUCCUUUGGAAUCUUCAUUUAAGUGUUAAAUCUGGGAUCACAAUGAAGCAAAAAGAGAAAAAAAAAAUACCUGUCUCCUUUCACUAUCUUCAGUACAUAAAUACAUUAUUUAAUCAAUAAGAAUUAACUGUACUAAAUCACUAUUAUGCUGUUCUAGUUACAGCAAGCACUCUUUAAGAAAAAUAUCCACUACACUAAAUAGGUACUAUAGUAAUUUUUAGACAUGGUACCCAUUGAUAUGCAUUUAAAUGUUUCACGGCUGUGUUCUGUUGAUAACAUAUAUAAAUAUUAGAUAAUGCUAAUGCUUCUGCUGCUGUCUUUUCUGUAAUAUUCUCUUUCAUGCUGAAUUUACUAUGACCAUUUAUAAGCAAUGCAGUUAACUACAGAUAGCAUUUCAGGACAAAAUAGAUGACUCAAACCAUUUAUUGCUUAAGAAAUAGCUUACACCAUGCCUUGCUAUAAGCAGCUUUUAUGCACAUUGACAAAUAAGAGUGAGCUUCAGCUUGCUAAGGGAAACUGUGGGAACUUGUGUAACUUUUGGCGAUUUGGAGCACUGUUCAUGAACGGUUAAAGAAUAUGGGAAGUUGCUGUGUGACAGAGCUGACGCAGUUCAUCGUCUCCUGGACACGCCUGUAAAUGUGAUCAGAUUGUAUGAAAGAAGAUUCAAAGAUCUAAAGUUUCGGAGUUGUUGCCUUUGUUGUCAUUUUGUUUGGCUUUACAUUUAAAAACAAUAGCAUCGAAGGUGUGCCGUGUUGUUCGUUCACGCUGAAAACCACAAGGAAGUAGUGUCUUAUGAACCCUGAGUAGCUGCUUUCAAGAUCCAAGCAAAGGAAAUGAAUUGUGUUCAAUCUCUGAGUAUUCUGGAGAAUAGCUUUGUAAAGAAUAUAUAGGAAAAUAAUUAUUUUUUAGAAAACUCUUAAACACAGAGCCCAAAUAAGCCUAGGAAAGCAUUUCUGAGCACAAGAAAGACCUUGUGAAGAUGAGCCCACGGUACCCAUUCUCCCAUGCCCACAGACCACAGUUCUUUCUUUAAACCGACAGUUACUUCACUCUGCACACAGCCAACCCAGUACUAUCCACAUCCUCUCGGAAAGUUCUGAUAUCUGUGUAUGUGUAUACAUGCUUUCAUUGACUGUGUUGCAUGUGUACUACGUGGUCCUUCACAGGGCGAUAAGUACGCCUUAAGACUUAGGACACCACCAUGAUCGUGUAGCCAUUACAACACUGAGAACAGAGACCGACUUUGUAAAUAACCAGUGAAAUAGUCACUGUACAGACAGCUGAGGCUUGUGAUUGGGCUACUUGGUAAAAUAGAAGGAAAUUCUAAAUGCACCUUUAAAUGUAAAUCAUUUUGAGCAGUCUUCUUUUUCCAUUGUUCUUUUUUUUUUGCCCUUUUAAUAUUCUUGUUCUAAUCAGUCAGGGAAGAUGAACUGGACCCUGAGUCGUUUCAAGGGAUCACAAGAAUAAAGGUAUUUUCAUAUCUAAGGACAACUACAUGUUGUGUUGUCAUAGGUAGUGACUUAAUUAACUAAAUAAGUCAUCAACAAACAUUAAGUGUUUUCUUAAUUUGGAAACAUUUAAAAUAUAGCUUCGUAAACUUAAGCAAAAUGGAAGUUUUUAUGUUUUUAUUUUGUGUGAUCUUUUGUUUUCUGCAUCUUUUUCCUUUGAGGCAGAUAAUAAACGUAGUAGCUGAUUUCUGCAAGAUUCUUGCAUUUUGUAUUUCAACAGCAUUGUCUACCAAACAUAGCAAUUAGUAAAGUGAAGUUUCAACUCAGUAAAAGAAAUGAAAAGAUAUAUUCACUAGUGAUUUAGGUCUCUCACUAAAGAUUGCCAUAUCCAACAACUUCUUAAAACACAGAAUAUCACCUUCAGUGAAAAAUUAUUUUAUUCGGGGGUGCUUCAAAAUGAAAUUUUGCAAACCUGGGUGUGUAUUUCCUCAAAUCACAGAAGCCUUGCUUCCUGUAGAUGUUAUAACAAAUGACUUAGACUUUAGUACCAACAGAAAUUUAUCUUCCUGCAGUUCUGGAGGUUAAAAUUUCAAAGUCAGCCUUAAAGGGCUAAAGCCAAGACAUUAGGAGGGGCAUUGUUUUUUUGUUUUUGUUUUUUUGUUUUUUGUUUUCCAGUUUCUGGGCUGCCGCGUUUCCUGACUACUAGUUACAUUUCAAUUUUCCCUCCUGGGACACAUCCCUUCCUCUCCAUUGUCAUUUAGCCGGACUUCUUUUAAGGGCCUUGUGAUUCUAUUUAGGGUUUACCUAGAAAAGCCAGGUUGGUCUUGCCCUCUCAGUCUCCUCAAUCCGUGCCACGUUUCUUUUGACAGAUUAUCAGUUCCUAGGUUCCUAGAAUUAUGAUGCGAUCCUGGGGGAGACUGUUCAACUUUAUUGAGUUUCCCACACAAAGACCCCGUAGAGCAAAACCCCACUUGAUUUAUUUAUGAACAAAAAGUUUAUUGAGGUUGCUAAAUGAGUGUAUUCUAAAGAAUAUCAUUAUUUACCUUUCAGAUUAUCACCCCUUAUUUUGUAUAAAUACUUUUGAAAAAAAACUCUGUAUCAAAAUUCACCUGUUCUAGUAAAUCGUCUGGGUUACACAUCAAGCCUUUGUAUGAUUUAAAGAUCCCGCGUGUCCUAGUUAAGCACACUAUGAUAGAAAAGAUAACUAAGCUGUGAUAAUAACGACAGGAGCACAGCUAAAUCUGAUGCUCGUGCCAUAUUAGGUUUUGAAAAAAAAAUAGUAUCAGUAAUGAGUUGAUUCCUUUUGAUUUUCACAUCUGGAAAAUGACAACUGCUAGCUCAAUAAACACGAUAAACAAUAUGUCUCUGUUAAUUGAAGGAACAGAACUUCUAAAAACUGAGUCUACUUCUCUGUAUAUGACAAUGAGGGGCAUUUUCCUGCCUAAUGUCACAAAUUUGGACCAGAUUAGAGUGUUCUAAAAUGAAUCAUGUUUUUAUCAUGCAGCCCUUUCCAGAUUAUAUAAUCAUAAAACAUGAAGAAAAAAAAAACAGUUGAAUGCCUAUUUGAGUCCCUAAAAUUUUUUAAGAUCAGUAACAAAUAGGCUCUUUUCCAGGAAGUUUGGUAUGGGAAAAAAACAUUAAAAAUAGGCAGAAUAAGUGGAGGAAUCAACUUAAUGACAGCUGAUAUGUAUGCUAGACAAUUGCAACAAGAAUUAUGUAGGAGCCAAGUUUCAUAAAAGUAUUUCUGUCACGUUUAAUUUUAAAGAUUUGGGUGAGUGCUGACCUAGGAAAAUGGAGAGGUGGUUACUGCUUCCUGGGUUCUUUGGAAAGCUGACCAAACUUAGAGAGAACUAAACUAGUAGUUUUAGGGCUUGAUUUCUUUUUUUUUAAAGUAAGACUGACUUAGACACUUUAUUUAUAAAAAAAAAAGGCAUUUUAUGGAAAAGUAUAGUUUAAGAGGAAACUGUGGUUAGACUAGCGGGUGCCUUUAUGGAAAUAUUAACGGUUUUGGAAUGUUCAAUAAAAAUGUAUAUAUAAUAGUUGUGGUUUAAGAAUCCAUAUAUAAGGUAGGUUUCUUUUUGCAUAUAAACACCAAUAUUCUUACUUAGUUCCAUUCAAAAGGUAUGUUUCUAUGGGGGAGAUUUUUUUUUUAAUUUGCUUGGUUGUAUUAAGCUUAUAAUUACAGUUUGGGAAAUCAUUAUGAAAUUCAUGUGGUGAUAACAAAUUAAGUAUGCUCAAGAUUUAAGUCUAAAAUAAAAGCCCAGAAAUUGAAAAUA